AUGAUUUCACGGCGUAGAGCCUGCGUGAAGAGCUUACCGGGAGAGCUGAGCGCCAUACUCGUGGCAGAUGAUGCCGAUCUGUGCCGCAUGGCCCGUACCCGCAGAUACUUAACGGAAUCUAUUCUUCCGCCCAGCUCUGGAGUCUGGAAUGCAAGGUUCUUGGAGAAGUAUGAUCCCCUGGCGGCAGAUAGUACUUCAGAAGACGUUAAAGUGGAAUACGGAGUGCGCAGCAUCAUGCUGGCGCAAACGCCUUCUUUCCAAAAUGGAGAAGGGGCCAAGGAGAAGCUGUGGCUAAACAUCUUGUCUACGCUUCUUGUUGGAUCCUACAAUAUCCGCUCAUACCAACAAGGUGACGAAGACACAUCAGCGCCCAGGGACUGUGCUCGGAUCAAGGGGGCUAUUAUGUGCUGUGAUCCUUUAUAG